AUGGUUAAAGACAAGGAUGGCGACACGGUCGCAACAUUUAAUGGGAAAUGGGUAUCCUACGCACAUACCGUCAUGGCAUACUGUGCAUUCGUUGGAGCCUUGAUUGUGGGAAUAAAGCUGCACUACCACAAAAUUGUACAAAAUGAACACUAUGGCUAUCCUGACGAAUGGUUCCCGUCUGUAUCUGCGACAAUAGGCGACAAGUACCCAGAACGCUCAGUGUUCAUGCUGUUUAUAGCGCUCACCUCGGGUCCUCGCUUCGCAUUGGUCGGCCUAUGGUACAUCCUGACCCGCCGACCGAACUCUUCGCUUCCCAAAUUCAUCGCCGGUGUUGGCAUCUUCCGAACAUUGACCUGUGGAGGGUGGACAUACGUGACAUCGACCGAUGAUCAUGACUGGCACGACAUCUUCAUGAUCUCAUACCUUGUGGCGACACUCCCGUGGACUCUGGGCUGCCUUGCUUUGAGCCCAAAGAACCCAACUGCGCUGAAGUUCCGCAAAGUGUUUGCAGGUUCCUUCUUUGCUACCCUAGUGCCAUUGAUCUACUUCUUCAUUCAACACAAGGUACAUCGCGUUGCUGGAGCUUAUACCACCUAUGCAUUCUUUGAGUGGGCACUGGUUCUGCUCGACGUCGCAUUCGAUGCUGUAACCAUGAUCGAGUUUGAACAUCUCGAAGUGGUAAUAAAAGAUGUCCGAGGUGUAUCUCGUGUUGCUGGUAACAAGACAACUGUCGAUGCUGUCUUGGAGAAGCAGAAAGACAGCCAAAUUGGAGCUACUUUUUCUGGCAAUUUCUCCUGGGUUGGCCUCAUCCAUGCCGCAGCAGACGUCUACAAUGGAUUCGUUUUCUGGUCCAUGUUGACUUCUCUUGGUGUCUGCGUUUGGUACUUCCCAUUAUGGCACAUGGGCAUCUCAGGCUAUGAGGCUCUGGUUAUGUGUACCGUUUCCCCGUUCUUUCUCGGCAUUAAACCGCUUCGUUACAUCGUCGUCCGCUACGUCUGGGUUUUCCAUCUGCUCUCCCUGUCGGGUCUUCUGGCUUUCCUGGCUAAAACACCAGUCAACCGUCUUUUCGCGGUCGGCUUUGGUCUCUCCAUGGCAUGCAUUGCCUGGACGGCGACUUUAUUUGCAGAGCGAUCACAGCCUCACCGUCUUGAGGCACGCAUCACGGCCUUUUCCUUGGGUCUGCUUGCUUCUAGUGUUGCCAAGUUUGCUUUCUGGACGAACAACCCAAUAUGGCCCAUUAUGCACGAGGAAAAUGGUGGGUGGAACAAGACUGGUUUAGCUGUCGCCUUGCUUGCGAUGCUCAUUUCGACAACGAAGACUGCAAGCUCGGGAGCAGAUAUCCCUGCGCAGGGACCGACCAAAGGAUCAUCUGUCUUCGCUAGCUUCGGUAUCGCCGGUCUAUUCUUCGCUAUGCAUUCAUUACUCUCCGACUCGAGCACCAUGAUCUCCUGGGUCUGGGAGGGCUAUCCGGUUCGCGGCCCCCAGGCGGUUCCCCACGGUACUUGGACUUUGCUCGCCAUGGGUGUUGGUCUCAUCAUCGGCCUCUUCGCACCCAGUUUCUCACGUUCGUGGGCGUUCUAUGGCAUUGGCUCGAUCGGCGCUGCUGUUGUGACAACCUCGAGCCACUGGACGGGCUUCUACGGCGGACUUGUACUAGCUGUAUACACCAUGGCUGUUGCUCCCGUACUCAUUGGCCAUGCAGCCCGUCAUUCUCCCGCUCGUACUUUCGGUCUUGGCUUCCUAGUCUACAACUUCAUGGUCCUCUUUCACGUCUGGGUUGUCGCCUACGCCUUUGUCCCCGGAGGUCCACUCGUCCGCGAGCACACCGACUGGGUAAUGACAAGCAUGAUGCUCCAAAUUGGCGCAGGAAUCUUCAGCGUCUCAGCUCAGCCUCCGGCUACCAAGUCGUACAAGGGCAAAGCCGUCAUCACGGCCGCCGCCAGUCGCCAGCGCUCCUACUACCUCUACAUUCUCGGUGCUCUGGAACUUGUUGGCAUCGCUAUUGCAUACCUUCGUUUCCCGUCUUACAACUACACGCCCUACCACCCAGAAACCAAAUCCAUCACCGCAGGCAUCUGGACCAUCCACUUCUCCCUCGACAACGACAUGUGGUCCUCGGAAUACCGUAUGCGCGACCUGAUCAAGGAGAUGGAAGUCGACGUCAUCGGCCUGCUGGAAAGCGAUCUACAGCGCAUCAUCAUGGGCAAUCGCGACACGACACAAUUCCUCGCCGAAGACCUAGGCAUGUACGUUGAUUUCGGCCCCGGCCCGAACAAACACACAUGGGGCUCUGCACUUCUCUCCAAAUUCCCCAUUGUCAACUCAACACACCACCUACUGCCUUCUCCCGUGGGUGAACUGGCCCCGGCCAUCGAAGCCACUAUCGAUGCCUACGGGGAAAUGGUAGACAUUUUCGUCUUCCACUCUGGUCAAGAAGAAGACCCGGAGGACAGAAGACUGCAAAGCGAAUAUCUCGCCGCUCGUAUGAAAGCCACGCCCCGCCCCGCCAUCCUCCUCUCCUACCUCGUCAUCAAGCCCGGCGAGGGCAACUACAACACGUAUGUUGGUGAGAAGAGCGGGAUGAAGGACAUUGAUCCCACGGAUUGGGACCGCUGGUGCGAAUACAUUUUGUACAAGGGUUUGAAGCGCACGGGGUAUGCGAGGGUGAGUAGGCAUACGAUUACGGAUACGGAGUUGCAGGUGGGCAAGUUUGUGGUCGGGGAGCCGGAGAAUGGGGCGGAGAUGGUGGAGGAGGCGAAGGUGCCAGAGGGAUUGAGGUUUCCGGCCAUGUUUAAGGGAGAGGGGGUUAGGGGGCAUCAGUAUCAUGUUUUCAAUGAGCCGAGGUAUUAUGCGUGA